AUGCCCAUCUACGAAAUCCAACACGCAAUCCCAUUGAGCAUCUCGCAAAAAGACGAGCUCGCAGCAGCAAUAACAACCCUGCACUCCACCACCUUCACCACCCCCAAACUCUUCGUCCAAGUCUUCUACACCGACGUCUCGACUCGCGAUGUAUACAUAGGCGGCGUCGCGCGCUCGGGGAACCACAUUAAAGGGCAAGUGCGGUCCGGCGCAUCGCGCAGCCAGGCGGAGUGGAACACGCUGUGCGUGGAGAUGGCGCGCGCGUGGGACAAGGUAUGCGGUGUUCCGCUGCCUACGCGGAAGGGCGGGAAAGAGCAGGGGGAUACGAAGCUGCAUUCUGUUACGUUGAUGGGGGGGAUGGUGGCGGGGUUGGAGGUGGGGUUUGUGCUGCCUUCUGCGGGCGGGGAUGUGGAUUGGAUUCGGGAGAAUAUGGCUGCGUUCCGGAAGAGGGCGGACGAGGGGGAUGAGGAUAUGAAGGGGUUGGUGGCGGAUGUGGAGGCUAGGGGGUUGUUGGUUGAUGAGGGGAAGAGUGCGGUGCAGCGGCUUGAGGAGGCGUUGGGGUGGGGGGAUGCUGCGUAG